AUGGCGGCCCAUUGGCACAAUUGGUCUGCAGGAUGCAAUGAUUCAGAAGCUAGCGGAGAGUAUCAAGAUACAGGAUAUCCUUGUGAGAGUGAUGCUAUCGGGAAACAACAUCUUGAUAUCAAAAUCGAUUUGGCCACUCCUAUUGAAAUGAAAUAUCUAGAUGCUAACAGAGCAUCAAAGGAUUCUACAAAGGCAGUUCUUCGAUGGCUUCAGCGGGAGGGAAUAUCAAAUGCAGACCAUGAAACGGAACAAUACUUGACAAGCUCCAUCUCCAAUGAUGAGUGCACGGAUGAAAGCGAAGAGCAGAUAUCUGAUAACGAAAGCGGUGACAAAAAGCGAUCACAUUACUACUCUCCAACUUGUGUGGAGAACUGGCUUUGUCAAACAUGA